AUGGCGCUGUCAUCAACAGCCCGACCAUUUCGGCCAAUAUGCGCUCUCCUGUUCUUAGCCUUGCUUGGUCCACUCUGGGCCUUCACAUCAGCAAGGAGCACUAGACACACUGGACUUCCAAGGUGUGCUGAGCAGCAAGGUGGCCAGAACCCCAGAGGAGGCGAGGUCACGGUCGUGACGAGCGAGAAGGACAAGGAGGAUUCGCAGGCGCCUCGCAAGCGCAUCAAUGGACGAACAGAGAAGCCUCUACCCAAGUCCCUGAAAAUCAAAGAGAAAGCAGAGGAUAAGGAGAUGGGGCCUCUGGGCAAAGGAGCCUUGGCACUUUUUGGCGGUGGGCUCUUGGUGGCUGCUCUGCUGUUGUUGCAAGGGAUGAUGGGAGGUCGGGACAUUGAUAUGCCACGAGACUCGUACUACAUCUCCUCCAGCAGCUAUGUGAUCCAAACCAACCGCGACGAGACCGGGGAAAUCCGAAGCAAAGUGGACGAGAAUAGCGGCGUUUGGACCAACAUCCCCGGGCUGCAAGGUCGCUCCGGUCCACCUCCUGAGCGAGCUCGAGAGCAGCUCAGAGCCACUGAGGAGCAAAUGGACAAGGCCUUGCAACAAAUGAACCGAGAGAUGGAAGAAGCGUUCCAAUUCAGGUAUGGCUUCUGA